AUGUGGGAGUCUUUAACCUCUAAUGGUCUGACAGUUAAUUUUUGCCAUAUGCCAACACAUAAAAACCCUGCUGAUGCGGAAACAGGUGGUGUAACUGCAACCCUUAUUUACUAUCAUGACUGUAUUCGUGGACCACGUUGGCUUGUUGAUGACAGAAACGGUUGGCCGCUACGAUUAAUAGCCGACAUAGACACAGUUUACACAGAAAAUGGAUGCAAGGUUGUACACCACAGCAACAUUGAGGUGAUGACCUCUUCGACAUCCACAACAAUCGAUUUAUCAAGAUUAUCAAGAUUCUCCAGCCUGACGAAAGCCUUGCGAACAUUCGCAACUUUUGCUGAACUUCUAGUCAGAUGGGUGGAAAGAUGUAAUGUGGAACGAAACGCGCACAUAAUGCUACGAAGCAUAGCAGAAUUCGAAUCUGCAAAAGAAAUUUCUGCUGCAAAUCUGAGAUUGAGUGGAAAAUUUAUUUUAGCAGAGAUACAUAAAAACAUCUCAAUUACAGGGCUGUCAACAAGAUUUCAAAGUCAGAAAUUCAUCAGAGACAACUUCGAAAUAAUCCGAUUUGAAUCUAGAAUUCAAAACGCCAUCUUACCGUAUGAUACGAAGAAUCCUAUCUAUAUCCCAAACUAUUCGGAUUUGGCCAGAUUAAUCAUACAACUCUUCCACAUAAAAAAUGCCCAUGCUGGCAGAGAACAUGCACUAUCUUUAGUAAGACAAAAAUAUUGGAUUCCACAACCAUCACGUACCGUUAAGAAAAUAAUUGGAAAAUGUGUUACUUGCAGAAAGUUCCACGGUCUACAAUUUGGAGCGCCUGAAAUGCCAUCACUUCCACCAGAUCGUGUGGAAAUUACGAAAGCAUUUCAAAAUGUCGGAUGCGAUCUUAUGGGACCAUUUGAAUCGAAAAUGGAUGAAGGAAUGUACAUAUGUCUGUACACUUGCUUAACAACAAGAGCAAUCCACUUAGAAGUGACUAAAAAUCUAUCAACUGGAGUUUUUUUAAACAGUUUCCUCCGCUUCAUAUCGCGUAGAGGAGUUCCGCAACUUAUUAGGACAGACUGUGGAAGCAAUUUCAAGCUUGGUCAUCAAGUUAUAGACAUUAUUUUCAAGAAAGAUGAUCUCAGCGGAAGCUCAGUUAUGACUUACUCCGCUUCUGAAAGUAUUAAAGAGAUCUUUAGCCCUCCAGCUUUGCCAUGGAUGAACGGAGUCUGGGAAAGGCUAGUAGGUUCCGUAAAAAGGAGCUUUCAGAAAGCCGUAGGAAGAAAAAAGCUCUCAUUUGAAGAGAUGAUGACAAUCACCGCCCAAAUUGAGGCCAUUAUAAGCACUAGACCAAUUGCGAAACUGAUAUUAAUGAGAUUCCUCUACGACCUGUCGAUUUUCUCCACGGAAAUUUGA